AAAUUGAAACCGAACGUUUUCUUGCAACGGUUUCUAAGCCUCAGUGAAAAUCCUGCUCCUACGAGAUAGUAGAAUCAUUCGGCUUAGAUCGGCCCGGUCUACUUACAAGCCGGGAAACGCGAGAUUAUGUAAAACCUGUGGCCGCGGCACUUUAAUCGAUUUUCAUCAGUGACUCGCUCAGGCGAAGCUGGCAACCUGCAAUCAUUAUGUUGAACGUUAUCAUCAUACGACACUCCUGCUUGGUACCUGCUUCUUACUACUAGUACAAGCUGAGCAACUUCUAUUUAUGGCAUUCGUCGAGGGGACUGCGUUAGGCUCAGCAUUCAUCCUUUGUUGUGAAACUCCAUUGGCUAGGUUCUUUACUGCUUCACUACCCAACGAAUCUUGUCACUUGUACCAAAGGUGUAUGCCCAGCUACUUUCCAAGCACAGGAAUCACUAGUUUACGCCUCUGCAAGAUCCCACAAACUUCCGCCUCUUCUGCCAUCCCUCGGCUUCUAUCUCGAAUAAAGAAUCUUGCUUCUCGCUGCUCCCUAUCCAAACUUCGGCCGCGCUCGAGAUCAAUGGCUACCACUACCGUGCCCAGUAGGUCCUCAUACAGGACCACACUUCCUUCGUCAAAAGCAAUGGUCACCUUCACAUCGUUUGGAAUUUACAAUUUUGACGCUGGGUCUUCGGAAAUUAUCGGCACGAAUGAUCCCCCAAACAGGGAACCAACUCAUGCUCGCCCCAAGGAGCCUCAAUCACGCCAAUCUACGCUUACAGCUGCGCAUAUUCAGGAUACUCAGGACUCGAAACAACAUUGCAGUAAUCCUCCUGCUCCUGCAAGCCAACUCGCCAAAAAGAUUCUUGCUCGGCCUCCUUCUCUAAACGGUCCACCUGGUCCACGCAUUCCGAUGAAGUUUGUCGUGCUGGCUCCGAUCGCCACCGAAGCUGAUGCAGAGGAUACAUCGGACGAUUCUGUAUCCGAUGCUGGGGUUAGUACAAGCACUGCUAGCCUUAGCAGCAGCACUUGUCGAACCAGUGGAGACGACAACUCUGAGAUGGACGAGCCGACUUUGAGGCCUUUGACGGUCCCUCCUUGGCAUAUGAAGUCCAGGCGUCCGAAUGUUUGCGCCACUGCCGCCACGAGUCUGCAACCUCACCCUCCAUACACCGCGCUGGAUGGACCAAUGCGUUUCCCGUUCUAGUACUGUAUUUAUAUCUAGUGGGUUAUCCUGUCUGUAUGUUACCAUGUACUUUAAGUUGCGGACUACAUAUAUUGCACUCUGAUACAUACACUUCCGUGAAUUGGGAUGAACUGGGAGA